GGUGCUACUGAAGGAAUUUUUUAAUUUGGCUUCUUGCAGUGAGGGAACCGCCAGAAGGCCCUCGGAGCUGGACCUCAGUGUCCAGGCUGAACAAUGGGGGUGGAGAUGCUCCUUCAGGUAUACUGGACCAGGGCCAUUUAGGGCUUUAAAGGUCAGCACCAACACUUUGAAUUGUGCUCGAAAAAGUACUGGGAGCCAGUGUACGUCUUUCAAGACCGGUGUUAUGUGGUCUCGGCCGCUGCUCGGAAUUGUGCUCGGAAACGUACAUAGCAGGCACUCAUUCCUCUUUGUCUUUGCCUUAUUUUGUAUUUGUUACAUCUAUCUAUCUAUCUAUCUAUCUAUCUAUCUAUCUAUCUAUCUAUCUAUCUAUCUAUCUAUCUGCUGUAAUACUGAAAACCUUGAUAAAAAAAUUAUCACAGAAAAAUCUUCCUAAUGUUUAGUCGGAAUCUCCAGGUCCUGCCUUCUGGAGAAGAAGAAAACAAGCUUGCUCCUUCUUCCACAGGGCAGCCCUCGAGACAUUUGAAAAUGUCUCUCAUAUCCCUUCUGACGCUUCUUAUGCAGGCUAAACACAACCCAAUUCCUUCAACCAUCAGGCCAUUUGCAAAGAAGUUUAAAAGCCCAGGUCCCCAUGGCCAUCCAUGAGGGUUGGGGCCUGGGGGGCUCCCCUUCCUGCCCCUCUCCAUUGGGAGAAAGGGAUCCACAGCUGGCUUCCAUCAUUAACUGAUUCAAAGCAGGUGGGCAAUGGGCGGCAGCAUGGCUGUGCUAUGAAGUCGUUCUCGCUCCAGGCAAGGGGAGAGCCAGUGACCCGCUGAGAUCACCCUGUCUGUUGGCGGCAGCUAGACUAUGUUUCCCAGAAGGAGGCGGAGGAGGGAGAGGAAGGAUCAGUGGGUGGGUGGGCAGAUGGCUGGACAGAGUGCUCCAAUGGGCACAAUUUGGGCAGAGACAUUAAGUACCCAGCAAUGUGGACAUGUUAAGGCUACAAAGGCAGGCGGUUGGCUGCACAUUCCCAGAGGUUAAUUAUUAAGGAGACAAAAGAAAUGAAACCCGCAGUAUUGCAACCUCUGCCAACAGCUGCUUUACGCUAUAAAGGUUAGGAAGUUGGUAUGAUUUUUCUUUUUUUUACCCGUUUUAGAAUUUUUCCUUUUCCUAUGUCUUAAACUCCUGCUUGUUGGCACCUGUCUGUCUUGGGAGACAACGAAGAAAUGCGCUUUCAGGGUGUCAAGUCAAAUCGUUGGGGAGUUAUAGCACCUGCUGUGGCUGUAGAAACCGAAAAGGGAGAGACAUGUUUGGUUGCAGCUGGGGCAGAUGAAGGUGUCCAGUUUCACGGAUGCAGACGCACCACGGCGUUUUGUCUCCCUGUGCUCCUCCCAGGGGUCAUUCCUCCUCUGGUCCCUGCUAUGGAUUCACACCAUCUGAAUGGCAAUGCCCAUCAACUUUUUUGGGGGGGGGCGGGGCGGCCCCCUCAAAUAUUUUAUUGGGGGCCCGAAAACCUCUUGGCCCCUAGGAGUCAGUGCAGGGAACUCCAGCUCCAGGUCAGUUGUGGACUGAAGGGCUUCAUUUUGGACAAAAGCACUUUCUGCAGUCCGGAGCUCAAGAACGAAACCAACCAGAACUCCAGGCGAGGAGGGCAGUGAGUAAGAAAGGGCUUAUCUAAAGAAAACAGAAAGCCUUUGCACCAGAAGCUCACGUGGCGCUAAAUCUAGCUCAGAACAAAAGUUGAGAAAAACCCAGCGGUCCUUCCCACCAGACAUCACAUUCAUUCUGAGCUUGUGCGGGUUUUCCCCCUUGCACAACGUAGGGCUGAGAUUUUUCGGAUUAUUAGUUAAAUCUGUGUCUUCAGGUGGGUUUCCCAUGACUUAGCAAUGCCAGCGGAAAUGUAAAGCAAAACUGAGAGGGGCAGAAGUGCUGUUGCGCUUCCAGGAAAGGGGGAAGUGUCCAAGUUGGCUUUUGAAGGGUCAGCAAUCCACAAAAUGUUCUUGGAGUUCCUUGAAAGAACCAACAUCAGCUGUGUCUGAUCCUUUUUGGACUCACUGGCAAGUCAUGGGGGCAGAGAGGCUGGAACGCAGACAUGCUGUGCUGAUCCCAAAAGCACCACACGGCCUCUACAACCCACCUGCUUCCCCCCCCCAACCUUCCCCCCCAACUCUCCUUUUGAGCAGAGACUUUGAGAAAGGGCAAGCGUUGAUGUUACUUCCUGUGAGUCAGGAACCAGAUGUAUAAAGCUCUUCCUUCUCCCUCGGCCAAGACACCCUCCUUGCGAAGAGGACGAAGAGGAUGUCUUCAGCCACAGGUUUCCGCCACCAGGCCCGCUGCCUGCUCUUGGCCCUGAUCUGCAGCGGCACCUCCUUCCAAGAAUCAGCCGCAAAUGUGCAGCCACACAUCUCUUCUGACCUUGUCGCACAGAAACCUUCCUGCAGUAAACAGAUCCGCAUUCCAUGCGAAGGCUACACAGAUUACGAAGACAGCGGCAUCAUGUACUGGCUGGCCAAUGGCCAGUUUGUGUCGGAAUUGUACCCACGUGGCGAAGUGAGCGAGGGGCGCACCGAGGAGAAAGCCAAGGGCGUCGGCCUGUCCCUGAAACGGGAGCUGAUCAUCAACAACUUCACAAAGAAGAUACAGAACACAAGGUUUGAAUGCGUCAUCCUCGAUCCGGCAGGCGCAGCGCGAAAGGCCGUCAACUGGAAGCCGACACCACGUUUCAGGAAUCAGCGUGGCAAAGUCCCAGAGCAGAUCAACAGCGGCAGCACCUAAGGACUUUUGAGCAAGAGCUUCGGAGGGACACAAGAUGCAGGAGGGCAGCGGUGCAGCCGAGGGAUGGGAGAAGAGCGGGCGUCGUGGCUGCUGGGAAACCAACUUCCGGUUGCUUCUGCUCUCCGUUGGGUCACGCAGUCUCUCUCUGCUCCAGGCAGGACCCCCUCUGCCAGCUCCAGCCACCCACUCCAGAGGAAGGAGACCUCUCCUCAAGGAAGGAGGAAAACAAAUGGGACAUUGAGGGCGUGGGAAAGGUAGCAAAAUGCCAUUCCUUCUUGGAGGAUUUUCAACCUCACCCAUAUAGCUCCAAGCAAUAUGUAGAACUGUGUUAAAUAAAAGCUAGAGGUAUCCUCUUGAUGUUCCAGCUUGAACAAGUGGACGGCUGCCACUGGUUUUUCCUGCUGCCUUCGUCAUCUUGCCUCCACUCCCAGCAGCAGCCUGAAAUACGACGCGUUUAAGUAGAUUCGCAUCCCAAGCU